GCAAUUCUCCAGCCUUUUACCGAGAAAAUUCGAUGAUUUAUGAAAGGGAAAGUAAAGUUGAAGCAACAGAACAAAAUCCCAAAACUUCAAAUUUUCAAAAAAUGGCAAAUAAUUAAAACCCAACAAACGCCAUUCCAUUUCCAUUUUCAUUUCCCACUCAAUAAUUUAAAGCUGUGGGGGACUCUCCCACUUCCGUUGCUCACAACCUCUCUGCGGAUUUUGCAGAAUCCUUCUUCUAGUUUCUACUCCGGUUGGGGUUGUGAUGGUGGUGCAUUGGUGAGGGAUUCUGCACAAUGGCAGGAGGCGGAGGCGGCGGCGGAGGAGGAGGCUCGAUUCUGAAGAAAGCUGCUCGGAAGAUUAUGGUUGCCGCAUACGCAUGCCGCUCCUUUUCUCCGAGAAAAGUUCGCUCUGUCUCGGAUUUGUUGUCUGUGUCUGUGGAAAAGCCAAAGCACGCCAUGGAAGAAGUUGGAGAAGCUGAAAUUGCAGAACAAACGCAUUCAAGAACCACGAACAAUCUGCCUUCCAAGAAUCUGUGCGCCAUAUGCCUUGAUCCUCUGAACUACAAAACCGAAGGGAGUCGGCCAGGGCAGGCCAUCUUCACCGCACAGUGCUCUCAUGCCUUCCAUUUCACUUGCAUCUCCUCCAAUGUCCGCCAUGGCAGUGUCACAUGCCCCAUUUGUCGAGCUCAAUGGACCCAGUUACCCCGGAAUUCAGUCCCACCUUCCUCCCAGAGUGAUCCUAUUCUCCGUAUUCUCGACGACUCCAUCGCCACAUUUCGGAUAAACCGACGUUCCUUCCUGCUCUCUGGUCGUUAUGACGACGAUGACCCUGUUGAGCCUGACCAUACGCCUACUCAUCAUUCUCGCCUCUCAUUCUCUCUACAUUCUUCCCCACCAAGCUUUUAUCCUCCCAUUCAGGUGAGCGGUUGUGCCUCUGCCCCCGGUUACUUGUACUCCAACCACCAAGCGCAGCCACCACCGCACCAACAAUUCUCCUGCAGAAGCCCUUCUUCCUUGUUGCAAUCACCCUCUCUGCAAACGCCUCGUAUUUCAGGCAACCCCAGGAACAGGGCUAGAGCUUACCUUUCGGUGAAAUUGGCACAUCAACGAGCGACUGACUUGGUCUUGGUUGUGUGCUCCAAUGGUCCGCACUUGAGGCUCCUCAAGCAAGCCAUGGCCUUGGUGGUUUCGUCCCUCCGUUCCAUCGACCGUUUGGCCAUCGUUACCUACUCGUCUGCAGCGACCCGCGUGUUUUCCUUGAGACGUAUGACAUCUUAUGGAAAGAGAGCUGCAUUACAAGUCAUUGACCGUCUUUUCUACAUGGGGCAGGCAGACGCUGUUGAAGGGCUGAAGAAAGCAAUCAAGAUACUUGAGGAUAGCACCCACAAGAAUCCCAACUCCUCCAUUCUACAUCUAUCCGAUACCCGAACUCAGCCGUACCAUCUCAUUGACUUCGAAUCACCCGCCAUCCCAAUCCAUUGGUUUCAUGUAGGAAUGGGGCUCAGCCCUUCAACCGGUUGUGUAAUGCAGGAGUUUGAAGAGUUCCUGGUGACAAAAGUGCUGAGAGGAAUCAUCAGAGAUAUCCAACUUAGAAUUGGGGAGGAAAGCAACAGAUCAAGCAUCAUUAGGAUUGGUGAGCUGAGGGGCGACGAAGAGAAGAGAAUCAUAAUCGACAGCCAGUUGAGUGACAGCGAAGGACAUGUCAGGGUAAGAUACAGCUACGUCGAUGGCGCGGUCAAUGACAGGGAGUGUACAAAAACAGGGGAAACCCUGCUAAGUUUAGGAAACAAGAGCAACAUCAAUAUGACUUUUGACGAAGCUGGUCGUGAAGACAGGGAAGAGGAUGUGAGUUCAGGCGGGAGGAUUAGCAGCGACGAAAGAUGGGAUUAUCACGACCCAUUCAUGGCUAGAAGAUGGGCGAAGCAUUUGCAUUCAUAUCGGCUUUAAAUCCAGAGAUGGAACACACAGAAGGACAGACACAGGUAGCUAAUUUAGAGCAACACAAUGAUUCAAUAUGGUUGGUGGCUGAGUUUUACUAGACUAGUUUAUUAAAGAGAGCAGGCAGUAGAAACUAUUCAACAUGUAUAUGGAAUUUGACAUUAUAUUGAAAAAUAGGCAAUUUAAGACUUUGUUUAA